AUGGCUGCGGAAAGCUCCCCAAGGGACGCUCUCAUGGUGGAAGAGGAGCCGGUCGAACCCCCACCCAGUUCCAAUCCCGUCCUCCCCAGGCCAGGCCACCUUUGGCCGAACCAGGACCUUGGCCCCCUGACGCCCGGUGAUGGAGGUGCUAGCGUAAGUGUGGAGGCGAUCCAUGCCAUGCUCCAUGAAGUCCGGCGAGAUGUGCUUCUCGAGCUCAAGGGACAGCAAGAGGCGAUCAAGGAGAUUCUGGGCAGGCUUCCUUUGCCCAACGCCGCUUUGUCAACGCCUGCACGCGGCUUCCGCAUUUCCGUGAAGUCACAGCAGCCCAACUAUGAGAAAACCGGACAGGAGAGCACUCAAAUGGACAGUGGCAGCUUCUCACGGGCCUCGCCGACUGAGGCGCUGGGACGCGUGCACUCCAACAGGUCGAGUGACAGGAACAGCGUCGGCGACGGCAGUCGGAGCAGAGGGAGCAAAAGAGGCAAACAGAAUUUGUUUAGCACGUUCUCCCACUACGACUUGGCAUUGCAGGACGUAGCGGAGCGCGUGGAAGGCCUUCGAAGCCGGAUUAUGUUUCACAACGCCCGUCUUUCUAUGGACCCUGGAGACAACAAGGAUCCCAUCGUACAGCGCAUUGUGCACACACACGCCUUCGACAUCUUUUGCGCCCUGGUGGUGAUCAGCAACUCGAUCUUCCUCGGAGUGGAGACGGAGUGGAGCAUCACGAGACCGGAUGUUAUCCCACAAAGCUUCCAGAUCGUAUCAACUGUCUAUGCCUGCUUCUUCACACUUGAGCUGAUGAUGCGCAUCGGCGCAGACGGAUGGCACAUUUUUUGCAACGCUGAUUGGAUGUGGGCUUGGCUGGACGCGUUCGUCGUGGCCAUUUCCCUGUGGGAGGUCAUCGCGGACCUCAUCUAUGUCUUGAACAGCGGCCAGCAGUCGGGCGUUGAUGGCAACGGUGUGAGCUCCCUCCGCGCGCUCCGCAUCGUGCGCAUCACCCGCGUGAUCAGGGUGGCUCGCCUGAUGCGAGUCUUUCGCUUCGUGAUGGCUUUCCGCACGCUCAUCACGUCCAUUGCGUUCACCCUCAAGUCUCUAUUCUGGGCCGUGAUGCUGCUGUUCGUCAUCGUAUAUGUUUUCGCUGUACUCUUCGCUCACGUGGUGAACGACUACAUCUCCGAUCCAGACAACCCAGAGCUCCCGCCGCUGGAUCUGGAGAGGAGCCAACGGUACUACUCUUCUUUGGUGGACACCAUGAUCAGCUUAUUCAUGUGCAUUGUAAAUGGAGUGAACUGGGAGAAUGUCAUCUCCCCUCUGAGACAAAUCUCGCCGGCGUGGACGUCGACAAGUAACGGUGACGUAGCCGUUUCAGGCGCUGGAGGGCACCUCAAUCCUCUCGCCGCCGUUGUGCCGGCAUAUCGGUUCCGUCCGGCUCUGCCUCUGCUGGGCCCGCGCGAAGUGUUUGCGAAGCAGCGUCGCACUUGGUGCGGCCAGCCUGCCGCUGGCCUGGCUGGACUUACCGCGGCAAGCGUAUUAGAGAAGCGCUCCACCACGUGCCUAAGCUUCGCGGCGCAGGCCACCGGCACCUGUCCGCGUACAAUCACUCGCAGUUGGAGCGAUCAGAUGGCUGCCACGAGGCCGCCCUGUAAGAUAUGA